UUCGGCCCUUCGGAAAUCUUGUGACCUUCAGAAAAUGAUUGUAAUGUUCAUGACUUAUUCCUGAGAAAAUCCAGGACUGUAGAGGUGAUUACCGUAGAUUUUAUCUUCGCUUGUAUGUAUAUAUUUUAUAGUUAUGAUGAGAAAGAAGUACUUUUUAACUGUUUUUUUAGGUUUCAUGGUUCUUUUGAGUUGUUUUUCUCUGCUUUGUAAUUUAAUGCAGGAAAAACUUAUAUCUGUGUCAAGGCGAACGACUCCCAUCGUUUCGGAUCGCAAUGUUUCACGUAAAACAUUUCCCCCGCAAACACUCGUUUCACCUCAUCAAUUUGUUCAUCCUACGGAAAUCGUGGAUCCUUAUCAAAUCCUUGCAGAUCAAGUUCAUGGUCCGUCUGAACUUAACGUGGCUUUCACGGCCAAUAACGCUUACAAUAAUAUCAAGAUUAUACGAAGAAUGCAACUCUGUCUUAGAAGCCUCCUGCGGUUGACCAACUCUCCCAUCCAUUUUCAUGCAAUUUUAGAUGUUGCCAGCGUGAAGCGUGUUGCAAGAACACUGAAGAAGAUUGCUUACGGUACGAAAAGACCUUUUAAGGUGUCUUAUCUUGACGUUGAUGUCAUCUCGAAGAAUCAUCAGGAUAUAAUAAAAGUGAUGAGGAAGUAUUUCUUCACCAAAAACGUUACACGGUACAACGACAAUAUCUUUUUUAUCUCUGAAAUAUUCCACCGAGUAUUUCAUUUCAAAAAACUUAUUUUUAUUGAUCUGGAUCUAAGAUUUGAAGCAGAUAUUUUAGACUUGUAUUUACAUUUUGAAAAAUUUCACAAAUCCCAGAUAAUGGCAAUAGCUAACGAUUUACAACCUCAAUAUCGUGUAGACUUUGAAGAAUAUCGUCGUAUCCAUCCAGGAACAGACGUAGGGUCGGCUAGGCCAGGAAAACAGGGAUUUAACACAGGAGUAGUUCUUUUUCACUUGGAGCGCAUGCGCAAAUCAUCUUUAUACAAUUCAUUACUGAAGGAAGAUUUGAUCGAGGCUUUGUGUUUCAAAUACAAGUUUAAAGGCUAUUUGGGUCACCAGGACUUUUUCACAUUGAUCGGAAUGGAGUAUCCUGAACUUUAUUAUACAUUAGAUUGUACAUGGAACAGACAACUGGACACGGCUUGGUUGAAGACUGUAAAUGCCACGAUUUUUGAACCAUAUCACAUAUGCCCUGGAACAGUGAAAAUCUACCACGGCAAUGGAGAUACAUUUAUUCCAAUUUUAUAACGUAUUUACGAAUAGUCUUAUAGAAAUGUGUAAUAAUAUACAUCUAGGUAAAACAAAAGAGAGGGUUUUGGUAGGAAAAACUAAGUGCAUACCCUGAUACCAAAGUCGGACAUGAGAACUGUGUUUAUAUAAUGUGCACUGACCAUAUAUAUCUGAAACACCAAGAAACCUUAUAACAGAAAUAUUACUUGUAUUAAUUGAUUAAAUCCCAUUUAAUAUAAAACUGUCUCGUUCAACACCAAGAAACCUUGUAACAGAAAUAUUGCUUGUAUUAAUUGAUUAGAUUCCAUUUAACAUA